AUGAUCCGCCACGACAACCUGGACCGUGUGGCCAUCCCCGAGUACAUGUGGUCGGCAAACUGCUGCACCGACUACGACGAGAACGCGCCCUACUUCGUGCGGUACAAGUUCCUAGUGUUCGGGGCCUACGGGCUGAACGACCGUGUCAACAACCACCUGGUGGAGGUUCCAGUGAACCUGGAGAAGUUCCUCAGGGGAAGGAUGGACGUGGACAAGAUCUUUCAGAUCUUCUACAACAACUGUGCGCCUGACUCAUAGUGAGCAACCAUGGGCGGCAGGUAGCUUAGUGGUUAAGAGCGUUGUGCCAGUAACCGAAAGGUCGCAGGUUCUAAUCCCCGAGCCGACUAGGUGAAAAAUCUGUUGAUGUGCCCUUGAGCAAGGCACUUAACCCUAAUUGCUCCUGUAAGUCGCUCUGGAUUAGAGUGUCUGCUAAAUGACUAAUUAUUUAAUUAUUAUGUGAUAGUGAUUGCAAUCAUGCCAGCCUCAGUGUCACAUCUACAUUGUCAUUCAUUUCUGAAUUUAGUAGAUUGACAAUAUGAAUGUUGCCUGUGGAUGAGUUGUUGCUUACAAGCAAUAAAGACGAUAGUUCAAACCCUGUUCUGCCUCCAUUAUAUGUAAGAUAAAUAAUGUGAAAUGUAGGCCUACCCCCUGGUUCAACAAACAUUGUGCUUUUUGUAAGAAAAUUAAUCUCACUUUCAUGCACAGACACCUCCUAAAAUGUGCAGUCAGACUCAAAGCCUUUUGAGAUUAUAGACAUAUCACAGCAUGUUGGUCAUAAACCCCUUCUCUCUGUAAGACAAUCAUGUCCUAUUUAAGACCCAAUGUCUGUUCUUUGAUCAGAAGCUUAAUUUUCAUGUUGGCCUCUGGGUAACACGGACAAGUCAGGAACUCACCGGCUUAUAUUGUCCACUGCAGAGACAGACUGCACUACACGCCAUAGAACAAAGUCAAGAUGUUGAGUAUCUGAGAUGAGAUCAAGUGAAUCCAUAUGAAUUUAUGUUGGAUAAUUACUGUAUUCACAUGUGAAAAUCACCAGGCUUGUAGACGGUCAUCUUUAAAAGGCCCAAUGCAGCCAUUUUUAUAUCAAUAUCAAAUCAUUUCUGGGAAACAAUUAAGUACCUUACUGGAAUAGUGUUCCAUUAAAAUAGCAAAAAAUAAACAAAAAUAGCUUUUAUUUUCAUUUUUUAAACUUAUUUCUCAAGCAAGAAUUUUGCUAGGACUGUCUGGGAGAGGUCUGAGUGGGAAGGGGAAAACUAGCUGUUAUUGGCAGAGAGGUUUGGAACGCACUCUCACUUUGUUAUUGGUCUAUUAUAUCGAUAUAUUGAUCAUGAUACCAGGAAAGCCGAAACAACACCCAUGAAAAACCUGCUGAUUAGAAGGUCCUGUGCAGAUUGUAUUUUCAACCAGCAACUAUCAGGAAAUAACACUGAACCAUUUUUAAAACACUUUUAAAGUGUUAGUUUCAUCAGCUGUUGUACAAUUUGAUACAAAACACAGGAACAAAUAUUUGGGACUGCAAUGGGCCAUUAAAGGUUUAGUUAUUGCCUCACUCUGUGUGAAGAGUCUGCAACUGCAAUCAUCCACAAGAGGGCAAUAGUGUUCAACUCAUGCAUUACCUCCUACUGCUGCACAGGACAAUACAAGUAGGCUUUAUUUAACAUAUCUUUAUUUGUGGAUCAUAACAGAUAUUUGCUAAGAUAUUUACAACAGACAUUUAAUGAAGCGAUUGUCCAAUUAAGUCCUUACAAGGAUUAUCUCUCAGUCAAAGAGUUCACGACACAAUGAGUCUUCAUUUCCGGGCUGAUCUUUCCUUCUCCCUUUCAUUUCCUAGCAGUCUGAGGCAGACACAAGUUAUAGAAUGAGCUAUCAUCCAGUGACCCCACUUUUUCCACGACAUCCACCUGUGGGGAUUUAUUAUUCUCAUAAAUGGAUGGGAUGACUAACUUAGAAAGAAUGCAUUAAUGAUUAAAGCAUAAAAGGUUUAUACUGUACUGAUAUGAAUUGUUUCACAUAACAGGCUGUGAUUCAUGUGAGGAAUGUUAGGGGCUAGGAUGAGAUAAAACUUGUAUUUCUUAUAGAUAAGACUUGUAUUUCUCACAGAGACUACACUGCUUCUUUGUGAUCUGUGAACCGUCCAAGGACAUGGGUACUGUAAAAAAGUGCUAACUCCACAGGUUGUUAUGAUAAAAACUUAUGCCUGGCAACUUAUGCCUGCCUGUGGUCCUCUGUAGCUCAGCUGGUAGAGCACGGCGCUUGUAACGCCAAGGUAGUGGGUUCGAUCCCCGGGACCACCCAUACACAAAAAUGUAUGCACGCACGACUGUAAGUCGCUUUGGAUAAAAGCGUCUGCUAAAGGCAUAUUAUUAUUAUUAUUAUAACAGGGAUGCGCCAAGGGACUUUGUUGCUAUGGUAACUAAAGACAAUCGCAAAAUUGGGACUCAGUUCGUCGACGAAAUAGUUCCCCCUAUCAGCAAAAGCUGAUGUUCCUAUCUGGGCUUGCUUUAGCGAGAGCAACAUGCGUGUGCGCAAUUUCAUACAGCGGGCGCUUGGCUUGUCAUUGGAAAAUGGGACACAUUUAAUGGAUUACAGAUUCUCAAUAUUAUUACAUUUUAUAUUAUGUUUCCCUCUUCUCUAACACCCUCCCCCUUAUUUUGCAUCAAGCUCACACCUGAAGCCUAAAUUAUUGAUUGACACCUGGCUGUCAGUGAUGAUCAGUCUGGACGGUCAGAUUCCGUUGCAUGUAUGCAUUCAAAUAAUAACCUAUCAGUCUUACCGUUUUCAUAGACAAGUAGAUCUGUUUAUCUUACUAAAUUGGACCUUGUUCUCGGAUGAUGGUGACUCCCUCAGUGCUUGACUUGUACUGAAAUAGAUGCUGGUACUCAUUUUGGGUGCCGGUACUGUUUAUAUUUAGGUGCAUGAACUCCACAAUACUUUUGAGUUCAUAUUCUAUAAGAGGAACAUGAGCUCAAGUAGUAGAACGGUGAGCUCCUGCCCGAGUCAAGCACUGCCCAUAGCCGGGGAAGUAGUUUCGGGGGACUAGAAAACAGCUAUAUCAGGACUAUUAAUACAGGACUAUUAAAAGGCUCUGUGCACUACUUUUAUUUCAUUUUUAUUAACAUUUUACAGGGGGUGAUGCAGUACCCUCAACACCCCUACUUCCCGCAGCCAUGGCACUGCCAACAAUCCUAUGUUUUAGUGUUUCCUCACUUUAAUUGUAAACAUGGUAGCUAGGCCAACACAGAGACACAGGCUCUUUUUGUUUUUGACCAUGAAAGCCAAAAUAAUAUUGAGAAAGACCAUUCUUUCAUUGCUUUACUAAGUUACUUACUCUGGACUCACUCCCACAGUACUGUAGACCUGAUUAUAGGCUAGAGACACCAUCAUCUGAAAAAGGUGUGCAGGAAUUCUGUGGCCGUUGGAUCCUCGCCAAGACGAAAAUGUGAUGGUGAGAAAGGGAUGCCUCUGCUUUCGAAUAAUUACCUCCACUGCAAUUCGCACAUUUAUUUCUUCACAUUUUACCUGAAGUCAGUCUUUAUCCCAAUGUUGUUCUGAUUUUAGGGCACUUGGAGACACAAUUGAGACAGGUUUUUGGCUUGAAUGAGAAGCGGGACCAAACUGGCAGAGUUGGAGGUAUCUCGAGAUGAUGAUUCAAAAAUCUGUAGUCAUCAUCGACACACGGGCACAAGGUAAGGAGAGUUAUAGGAUAAUUGGUUUAGGCCGCUUAAUGGUUCUUCUCCUCAACCUUGCAGCUGAAUGGAUAA